AUGUUCGCCCAGCGCACGCUGAUGUUCGAGGAGUCUGCUGGCGCGGGCUGGCAGGUCCAGGGGCCCGCCACCACGCUCUGGGCACUACAAACGCACGCGGACGCCAACACGACCCCCAAGCAGCACCACUUCUGGUGGCGCCAGGUCCUCGGACUGGUGUCCACCGAUCUGGGGGUCGAGGAGCAUUGCUUCCCGCGCGAGCUGCUUGAGAUCGCGGUGGCACGGGGCGGCGUCAACAUGGCGGCGCUGGAGGCGUUCGAGACGGUGUCGCGGCGCUUCCAGCUCUGGGGGGAGUUCUGCGCGGAGGCGCUGCGCAUCGACGAGGCGGGCGACCACGGGGGCGACCUGGACGAGAGGAGGCUCUUCUCGGGUAACCGCCGCAGCAGGGGCCUUGCCAUCGUUUCUCCCGCCCUCGAGCAGUGCGCGGCGGCCGAGCUGCAGGAGGAGAGCGCGGUGCUCAAGGAGCGCCGCAAAGGCGCGCUUGUGGAGGUCAGCGUGCUUGGCGCAUUGUUGAAGCUAUGGAGGUGCAACGUGAUGUUCUUCCGCUGCCGCUUGGAGCCGCGCUUACCAACGAGCUGCGGGGUGAGACUGCGGGCCCGCGUCAGUCUCGCCAUCGCCGCAUGGGACAGCGCCGCGCCCGAGUGGCUGUGCGACACCUACCUCGCUCGGGCACAUGGCCGCGCUGGACCGCCACCAUCAGACUUUGACGCCCAGGGAGCGUUCAGGGUGCUCCAGGGUCCGAGGAGCGGUUAUGCGGACUCGCUGACCGAUGGCAAGAUUGCUACUUACAGACGUGGUGAGGUCUCACUACCGCGGGUGGAGGCUGGCGGCGUCUCGCCCGACCUGCAGUCAGUUUUGGUAAGUGGUCAGGGUCUUCUCCGCGAAGAUCAUGAUCGCGACACUGUUCUUCUCGAUGCUCCCAUGGUGCCUGCUAUGGACGUCAACCUCGGCAAGGGUGGCGCCGACUGCGGCUACUUUUUUGGGGAGCUCUGCGACCUCGGGGCCAUCGAGGUCUGCUCCGCGCCGGCGGAGACGCGCGAGGCUUUGGCUGCCCCGGAGACCGACGGUUCGAUUGCUGGGCAGCAGAUCGCGGAGCCCAGCGCAGAAGUCGAGGUUUGCUUCUACCAGUGCGAGCUACCGCGGAACCUGCGCCCCUUCUUCGCUUUGAAGGCGGCGCACCUGACUCUGACGAAGCAGGCGCGGCCAUCCGACUCCUGGGUCUUGGGCAAGGUGCCCACCGAGCCGAUUAGCUCCUCCCACGCGGCGAAGAUUCUCAACAUCGACAUCUUCGCGGUGGUGGGGCCAGCUCGUGCCUGGCCGGGUGCCGCAACUGCCGCGUUGAUGGAUGCUUUGACGGAUGCUGGGGUUCCGUCCGCGAUGGGCCCCGACUCGGACACAUUCGGCGCGCGCGGCCUGCUCGGGUUCUUUGUGUUCGAGCACCGUGCCGCGUGGGCCGCCAGCGCUCGCAAGUUUUGGAAAGUCAAGGGCGCCUUGGAGACAAAGAUUCGGCGAAUCCCGUUGCGGCCAUCAGUCCGCAAGGAGCUCAAGUGGCACCGCGCUCUGUUGCCGCUGGUGACCGCGGACAUGUCGCGGCCUUGGUCUUCCUUAGUCACUUCUUAUGAUGCGAGCCCCAUGGGGGCAUGGCGCGCGCGAGACUCUGGCGUCUUCAACGCGGUCGCGUCAGACCGGGUUCAUCGCCCGGCGCGCCGGUGCUCGCCGGGGUCCGAGCAGUGCCCGGAGCCGCCGCUCGGCGGCCGCGCGAUGUGCAGCGCGCAUCGCGGCCCGCCGCAGCUCGGGGGCGCCGCCCUGCCUCGGGCCGCCGAGGGCAGCGGCGCAACGUGGAGUUGGCUCGUCUUCGCGGCCGCCUGGCGCCUCGCCUCGCGCUGCUGCAGGCCAACCGCAUCGGAGAGGUCGCGCAGACCUCCUACCUGGCCAUUUUUGGGGCAGCUCAUCGUGUUCUCGCAGUGCCGGGAGCUCCCGCAGUUCUCGGCUGCCGCCUGGGACUUGAUCCCGGUCGAUUUCAUCGAGCGCCGCUGCGACAAGCAGGAGUCGAGGGGGUCCACCGUCCGCGCGUUGCACGCACUGCUGUGGGCUCCGCAGCACCCGGGCGGCAUGGCGCGCUCGCUCUCCCCCCAGUCCUUCGCCUCAAUGCGCGGUUGGACUCGGCUCAGCCCUCCAGCGUCACAGCCGCCGCUGCCCAGGCAGGCCGCCUGCGCCGUCGCUGGGAAGCUGUUGGACUUUGUCAAGAGUGGGCGGCUCCCAGGUGCUUGGUCAUGUUCGAGACGCACUGCCGCGUCCGCGAGUUGCUGGCGCUGCGGAUGUCACAUCAUCUCGCCCGAUGCCCGCUCCUCGGGCGCUGCGGGGUGCCCGGCCAUCGUCCUCAACGCGGCCGAACUCCAGGCGCCCUCGAGGACAGGGGAGAUGGACGGCCGCAGUGCCUUCGACCUGGCCGAGCACCGCUGGUCAUGCUCAAAGCCGCCUUCAGCUCCUAGCCCAUGGAGCCAGUGGUCAACGCCUCGCACGGUGCCUUCCCCAUGCUGCUCGAGCGCGCGGUUCGGGAGCUGGAGACUGGGGCGCUGCAUCCCGCGCCGCAUUGCUUCAGGCGCGGCGGGGCCAGCCGCGAUCGAGCUGCUGGGCGACGGCCCCUUCAGGAAGUCCAGCGCCGAGGCAUGUGGGAGGUGCGCGGCAGCGCGGCACGCUGCGACAAGCAUGGCCGAGUCGGACUCCAGCUCCAGCCUCCAGCUUCUCCCAUCACAUGUUCGCGAAGCUCUCGAACGCCGCGCGGGGCGCGACUCCAGGCUUCGCUUCGCCAGGCUCUUCGGACAGGCAACCGCUUCCGCAUCUUUCUCGAGCUCUUCGCGGGCGCUGGUGCCUUUUCAGCGGCCAUGGGCCGAAAUGGCGCGGCAGCGGUGGCGUUCGACGCAAGGCAGGGUGCUCGUGGAUCUGCUCAACGACGACGUCUACUCGCGCCUCCGGGGCUGGAUAUCUGGAGGCGUGGUGCUGGCUAGCUGGUCGGGCACUCCUUGCGGGGGCCUGGCGUGGGCUCGCCGCGGCCCCCCGGGCUCUCGCCUUCCUCGCGCGCCGCGGGGCCCCGAGCACCCUCAUGGGCUUCCGCGUCUCGAGGGCCGCGACCAACGAGCUCUCGAGGAGUCGAACAAGCUGGCUCACAGAGCGCUCGGGCUCCCGCGACUGGCCGCCAGUCGCGACAUUUCAGGCGGGGGGGAGGACCCGAACACCAGCUACCUUUGGGACCUGCCCUCGCGCAAGCGCUUCGCCGACAGGACCUUCAGUAUGCAGCCCUCCAUGCAGCUCCAGCGGCUUCGCUGCCAUGGCCGCGGCGUCUGCGACUACGCCAAACAGCCGCGCGAGAACCUCCUGGGCACGACGAAAGGCGGCGGCUUCUUCACCAGCGCCGAGGCGGCCGACCCUGUGAAGCUGGCAAACACUCCUGGUCAGCGAGCUCUUCCUGGCGCAUGCGUUUAG